AUGGAAUUUCUGGGGAUAGAGAAUAUUUCCAUUUCUGCUAAGUAUUCAGAGCACUUAAACCAACUGCAAGAUCAAAUGUUAUGUAAUUUAAAGGAGAAAGUAAGAAAUGUUUUUCUGAAGCCAGGAGUACAAUUUGCAUUAAGACAUGCUAUAAAGCCAAUUCAAGAUUGUAUAAGUUUACCAUUUGCUGGUGCAAUGGAACAACUUAAUAAGCAUAUAGACAAACGAGCAGAUCGUUUUAUGACCAUGAUUGAAAAUUCCACUCAAGAUGCAUUAAAUAAAAUAAAUUCGAAAAUAAAACGAGGCUUAGAACAACGUAAACAACUAGUAGAUGUGAGUAAAUUAGAUCCUUCAUUUUUAAAAGAAAAAGUUUGUAAUUUAAAUAAACAGUCAAUUGAAGAGUUAAUUAUGCAACAUGGUGAUGAAAUUAAAAUUGCAGUUAAACAUGGACAAUUGCUUGCUGUUAUACCUACAUAUAAAGAAUAUAUGAAAAAUGUAAACAAAGGAAUAUUUGGUGGUCUUAUGCAUUUACAAUUAGCAGCUGAAAAAUAUGGCAGAGACAUAGAAAUAGUAGAUCCUGAGAAUUGCUUUAAACCUCACAAAGAUGCACCUAAUAGUGGCCAUAUCAAGAUUAACUCGAAGAAAAAUAAAAGUAAAAGUCCAAUAAAAUUAGCCUGUUUUAAAUCAAAGAAAGAAGGUGAGGCUGGACAUUUUGCUCCUGUGGUAGAAGUAGAUGGAAAAUUUAAAGUCAUUGACAUACAUUUGAGUAGUGCACAGGAUUUUGGUAUCAGCAAAGAAAAUAUCGAUAAAUUUAACAACAGCUUAGCUGAGUUAGGAAGAUCUAGCCGCACUUUAAGGAAAGAGUAUCAGACUGGCAUUACAUUGAAACACUCAAAAUUUGUCGGAGGGGUUUUACCGAAAGAAGUAACACCCAACUCUAAUGAAAUUCGCUAUUCGCAAAGUAGUAUUGCCGGCAAAACAACUGCCGGUAUUCCUCUUGACGACUUAGCAAAACAUAUGAGGGACAAGGGUUUCCAAUAUAAUCCUGAUGAUCCUAUGUUAGCAGUAAGAAUGCCUGAUGGUGUGAUAACGUCAAUAGACAAUCGAAGACUUGCAGUGGCUCAAGUGGUUGGUGUUAGUGUAAUUGCUGACGUUUAUGAUUGGAAUGACACACUUUCUGAAGGACUACAUCAGCGAUUGAAAGCAAGGACAGCCGGAGAGGCCAUUCAGACCAGAAUGCGCAGAGGCAGUUUACCUGUAAAAGAUACUGAUUACGGGUUCAAGAGAGGGGAUGAAGAGGGGGUUAGAAUUAGGCAAGAUAAAAAGCUUCCGGAUUUUGAUGGAUUUACUUUCGCCAAUGCUGAAUGGCAGCGGAAUGGGAAAACUAUCAUUGGAGGUCGCCAAAAAGAUAAUGUUACCUAUCAAGUUUACCAUCUUUAUGGUAUCUUUAUUGAUGAUGAUCAAACAAUCAUUAUUGCUGAUCGUCGCAAUCAUCGGAUCGUUCAAUGGAAGCAGGGUGAUAAGGAAGGACAAGUGAUAUUUAGUGAUCUUGUUAAUGGAACAGGAAUGAAUCAACUCUAUCAUCCGACUGAUGUAUUGGUCGAUCGAACAUAUAAUAGUCUUAUUAUUUGUGAUCAAUCUAAUCGAAAAAUCAUGCAAUGGUGUCUAAAACGAUAUCAUAUCGAUGGCAAGAAUGAAAUUGUCGUGGCUGGCAGUCAAAAUCGGGGUGCUAAAUUACAUGAACUCAAUACUCCAGACUUUAUUUUUGUCAAUCAACAACAGACUGUUUAUGUAUCGGAUAUCGAAAAUCAUCGCGUAAUGGAAUGGAAAAAAGAUGCAAGAGUAGGCAAGCGGGUCGCAGUAAAUCAAACAUCAGGAGACAAUGCAGAACAAUUACGAUAUCCUAAUGGAGUAUUCGUCGAUUUGUUAGACACUGUCUAUGUGGCAGACUAUCAAAACGAUCGAGUGAUGCGUUGGUGUCAAGGAGCAAGUUUCGUGUCCCUUGUGGUGGGUGGCCAAGGUGAAGGAUGGAAACCCCAUCAGUUAGAUGGUCCUAGAGGUUUGUUUUUUGAUGAACGUGGAAAUCUCUAUGUUAUCGAUUGUAAUAAUAAUCGCAUACAACAAUACUUGAUUAAAUAG